CCCAAGAGCAAUAAACGGCUGGAUUAUUGGCACAAUGCUGCAACGGGCCCUGCCAGUCAGGUGCCCUUGGAAUUGUUACCACCAAAAGCGCUCCUGAUUAGAAAUAACCCCAAAUGGGUUACUUUUGAUUCGAGUUCAGUGGCAAGGUAAUGCAUAUCUGCGUGUGCGUGCGUCCGUGUGUGUGUGUGUGUGCUGGCGCCUCCCUCCGACCCCUUGGGGUUGUGUAUGGGCUUGUAGCAGCCGCAUUCCUCCUCUCAGCUGCUUCUCAGCACGACAUACCAGGGAAAGAGGUGGAUAGACGGGAGGAGACAGAGUUUUGGGGGAGGAGUAAAAGAGGGAUGAUUUGGGAGCCAUUUUCAGCAGGAUGUUGUCAUAGCUAUCUGUUGUGGGGCCCCUCUGCGCCACUGGGAGGUCAAAUACAGUAAAAAGCAGGCGUUGAAUUCAGAACACUUAUGGGAUUCCCAUGGUUAGUUGGAACCAGGGCCUUUUACGUUGUUGCUUGGCCACUCAAGUGUGGAUAGAAGGAAUAAACUUGUUUGUACCGUUAUGUGUGAAAUGAGGGGGUUAGUCACAGAAAAGAAACUAUUGUGUGGAUGAUGUCAUGUGUUGGAAGGAAAAAAACAUUUUUAGUGAGAAAGUAUGUGUGUGUGUUUUGCUGGCAGUGCAACGCAGCCCUGUAGUUCAAAUUCUGAACAGACACUUUGUUGUUGUCACGGGUCAGUUAGGAUCAAGGAAAAAAAAACAAAGAUACUCAUUUGUUUUCCGUGGAAGAGGUUUAAUGAUGUAUCACAGUAUUUGUUUUCAGUUUGUAUCUCCGUUUCAAAACUUCCACUACUGUUGCCAUCAUCCAGAGCAGACAAAAGGUCAUGUUCACUGCCAAAUCAAUUUAGUAAAUAAUCGAGAGAGAAAGACUGACUGUGCGUGAUGUAUUUGUUUCAAAUUAUUUCUGGAGUUGUUUUAAUCCAGAGUCGACAUCUGACCCGCUAAUCUGCGUUUUAAUUCCGACCUUCACGUAAUAUCUCGCCCCGAAGCACUUCGUAGUUAGUGGUGGAGAUUAAAAUCGUGUAAUGGCUGCUUGACUGGAUUAUCUGAGUGUUUGCUUCUGAUUUUAGAUCAUGGAGGGGAUUAACCUGCUCCCUUGUCUAUAUUUAAUCACCUGUUGUGGCAUCUGUUAGAGAACGUUUUUUGUAAUACUGACAACAAUUUUUGAAUAGAUCAUUUUAAAUGCGUCCCUUCACUAAACCACACAAUACACACUUUCAGGGCGUUUUUGUUAAUUAAUAUAAUAAUAGUAAAUGUAGGGAACGUUAUAAAUACAUUGCUAUACUGUUUUCCUCUACGUGUGUAAUAAAAAAUAGAAAAUGUUUAAAUGAUGACGUGACAAACCGCGUCUGAAAGGCAACCUUAAGUUUUUUCCAAUCAGAGUCGUCCUUUUUAUACACUGACGUUGCUUUCCGCCAAUGAGAUGUCAACAUUUAUUGUUGCCCGCCAAUCACCAGCCGGAAUUCUCGUGGAAGGGGCGGGUGCCCUUUCUCGUUGGCUAGCCUUGUCCGGAUGUUCCCCAACAGCAGUGAAUGUGGAAAUCGAGCUAGACAGGGAGGGGUAGACAGACUUACCGGACCGGGUCUCUUUUUAAAGUCUAAUUGCUUUCUUUUGUUUUUCAUUAACCACUGAGUUUGCAUAGCUUAUGUAACGCUACGGUUAUAAACUUCAUCGUUGUGGCGGAAACCCCGCCGUCGCCGUUGCUGCAUUUUCCUCGGACUACUGUCAAGCAUUGUGAAAACGGCAAAGAAGAAAGAAGGCGAAGCAACAUGGGAUGGGGCGAUAAAUAAUAUUUUAUAAAAAAGGAGUCGAAGAAGGCUUGGGGACCCGACGAUGACUCCUUGGGAGGAUCCGUGAAGCAUUUUUUAUUAUUUAUCACCCCCCACCCCGCUUCCUUUUGUCCUUUUGUUAUUGUUGUUGCUUUUCCCUCCUCGUUUACCCUGAUACUUCAGGGAGGUUAUUUCGAAUAGAAAGCGGCCACAAGCAUGAUGGACCAAGCCGGCAUCCUGAGAAAGUUUAUCCAGGGCGUGAAAGCCAUGACCGAGGGGGACGACGACAGAGGAGAGGACAACUUCGGCAGCGACUUUAUGCGUCUGCGGCGGCUGUCCACAAAGUACCGCACGGAGAAGAUCUACCCCACGAACAUUGGUGAGCGAGAAGAAAAUGUGAAGAAGAACCGAUACAAGGACAUAUUGCCAUUCGAUCACACUCGGGUGAAGCUGACGUUAAAAACAACCAAUCAGGAUACCGAUUACAUCAAUGCCAAUUUCAUCAAGGGCAUGGAUGGCCCGGAGGCCUACAUCGCAACUCAGGGCCCUCUCCCCAACACUGUGAUCGACUUCUGGAGGAUGAACUGGGAGUACAACGUCGCUGUUAUUGUGAUGGCCUGUCGAGAGUUUGAGAUGGGAAGGAAAAAAUGUGAGCGGUAUUUCCCGCUGUUCGGGGAGCCCGUGAGUUUCGGGCCUUUCAGAAUCUCGUGUGAAUCGGAGCAGGCCAGGACGGACUACUCCAUCCGCUCUCUGGUGGCGGAGUAUGAAAAUGAAACCCGGAGGAUAACGCAGUUCCAUUACAUUAACUGGCCCGAUCACGACGUCCCUUCGUCGUUCGAUUCCAUCCUGGACAUGAUCGGCCUGAUGAGAGAAUACCAAGAGAACGACGACGUCCCCAUCUGCGUGCACUGCAGUGCUGGCUGUGGGAGGACGGGCGCCAUCUGUGCCAUUGACUACACGUGGAACCUCCUCAAAGCUGGGAAAAUUCCAGAAGAUUUCAAUGUUUUCCGGUUGAUCCAAGAAAUGAGGACGCAGCGACACUCAGCUGUUCAGACUAAGGAGCAGUACGAGUUAGUCCACAGAGCAAUCGCACAGCUCUUCCAGAAGCAACUGCAGCUACUGGAGAGCCCCACAAAUGUGCAGAUACACGAUGUCAUGGAUGAAAGCAGUCCGGACAAAGCGAGCCACCAGUCUGAUGAUGAGCGAUGGGACACGCCUCCCCCUAAACCGCCUCGUAUACGCAGCACCCAGGCGGAAGGCGACAUCAAAGAGGAGAUAUUGCAGCCCCCCGAGCCUCACCCCGUGCCCCCCAUACUGACGCCGUCGCCCCCCUCGGCUUUCCCCACCGUCACCAACGUCCGCCAGGACAAUGACCGCUACCACCCCAAGCCUGUUAUCCACGUCCUGGCCACCGCGCAGCAGAACGUCACUCGGAAUGACGGCACAGAGAAGGAGAAGAACCUGUCAGAGGCAAGUCCCAAAACACAGACCCGUCCAUCAGAACCCAAAGACCAAAACGUGCUGUGUCAAAAGCAGCAGAUGUCCAACCUUGAUCUCAAUGAAAACUACAACAACAAACUAUCUGCGGCGACAGCAAAGUCUGAAUCGGGCCAAAGCUUGACUCCGUCCUUGCCCGUCUCCCCCGCGGCCGACUGCUGCGCGGCGCCACGCAUCGAGAGGAAGCUCAGCAUUGAGAUUAAAAAGGUGCCUUUGCAGGAAGGACCCCGUAGCUUCGACACGUCCGCCUCCAUGGGAGCGGCGGCCGGAGCAGGCGGCGGCUCGGCCAACAGCGGGAGCACGCUGCAGAGAUGCCACGCCUUCAAGGCCCGCUCCGGGCAGUCCCUGCUCACGUCCAGCUCCUCGCUGUCCGAGGAUUCCGGCACGGAGGGCGGGGCCGGCGGAUGCGGGGAGAGCCAGGCGGACGGCGGCGGCGGCGGCGUCCUCGCCAGACCGAACCACCUCCCGGUGAAGAGUGACGGCGGGGACGGAGCGGACCUGAAGGCCAGCCACGCGGCCUGGGCUCAGCCCUGCGGCAGCCCCGAAAAACCGUUCGCCAAAAGCACCUCGUCCGAUCGCGUGGCCCCGUCCUCCUCCUCCUCUUCGCACCUCUCGUCCUCCUCCUCCUCCUCCUCCUCCUCAUCCACUCCGGUUCGGACUGCGCUGAGCUUCACCAACCCGCUGCACUCGGACAACUCGGACGACGAUGGCGACGGGGAGAUGUCGGCGGGCGGGGAGGGUUAUCGCACCAGUGUUUCCACGGCGACGGUGACGGCCCUUCACUUUGGAGAUCAGCAGCUGCUGCGGAAGGUGUCCCCCAUGUCCAUCGCGGGGCAGAGCUCCUCGUCGCCCGCUGCAGUCACAGCAACUGGGACAGUGACGACUCCCCUCCCCCUCUCCCAGAGAGGACCCCCGAGUCCUUCAUACUGGCCACAGACCCCCUGGACGUCAGGACGCCGCCCGCCUCGGCCGAGGGCCGCGGUUCACACAAAGAUUUAUCCGAAUGUGUCCAAAAGAGCUCUCCAGCUGAUAGUCCGUCUCCUGGCACCAGAGUGGCCAACAGCAAGGCAGACCUGAGUGGGGUUCGAUAACGCCACAUUCCAGGCCCGCGACAACUCCCCCUGGAGUGGACAAGACGAAGCGCUCUGUCCACAACAGUGUCCUCCCUCCCGAGAUGGACCAAGACCUCACCCGGGUGGUCCCAAACCCGAGUUUCUAAAAUGCCACCCCUGCCGGCCGUGCGUUUUUACAAGUCGGAGCUCCUCUCUUAGAGCAGCAUUGUCCUCGUUAGCUUGCUGAAGGCGGAUGUUUCAAGGUGCCGACGUGGGAUCCGUCUGCUUAUUUAGUUUGAAGCCUAAUAUCCUUGACGUGAGAGCCAAUCAGGAUCGCCAGCUUCUCUCUGAGCUGGAGCCAUUUCCUCUUUUGACCAAAUGGAAGCCCGUCUAUCAGAUGUUCUCCUUGAAACAAACACUGACCAGAGGGUGCCCUGCUACUGAAUGAGCAACAAUCUUCAAAGCGAAGCCAGAUAAUCUUUUGAGUUUCACGUGAUCCCGCCGGCCCCGUCGCUCUGCCCUCACUUUGUGUGCGCUGGUGCCGCUGCGUUACUGAGGAUGACCGCAGAAACGGAAAGACGGGAGCGGACUCUUGUGUCUCCCCUCGUUCAUGUUUUUGCGUGGGAAGAUGUCAGCUGCAGUUCUACCAUGACCUCCGUUUUGAACCGCAGUCCCAGAGUGUUGUGGUUUGGUCCUAUAUUGUUACCUGCCUGCUCAGAGAUGAUAGAAGUAGCCCCGUUUUCACCACGCGCUACACUUCCAACAGCCUGCAAUGUGUCGCGCUCCAUCCUCGCGGUUCAAUCGGCAAAUCUGGUUGCAGUCAACCUCUUGUCUCCAGUCUGUUAUUUCAAAGCGGUCAGUCAGGACCAAACAACUACGCUUGAAGACUCGGGUUCUCAGUGCUGGGACCAUGAGCCAGCCUUUGUCUGUCUCCCCGACAGGACAGUCAACCGCAGUCCUUCUUAGCUUUUCUUCAACUUCCCGCUCGAAACAUGCGUUGAGAUUCUUUUUGGCUCGAACUGCUUGCCUCAUUUUUUUUUAUUUUAUUUUUGCUGCUGCCGCUGUUUUCGGUUCUUCCUUUUCCUUCUCCCCCUGGGGGAGGCCCAUCAGGUUAAUAACCACGCGAGUCCACGUUUAUGGGAGCAAGCUCCUGUCAAAAACAGCAACCUGUCAUGUUGCACUCGCGAUACUUGCGUGGGGAGACGACUGACACCAGAACGUCCAAAGGGUCUCAAAUCUGACCGACAAGGACUGGCGUUGUUUUCUCUUGACUUCGAUGACAAUAUCUACAUUCUUUGUUUUUAUAAAGAUCAAAAACUGUACAGGUCAGGUUGAGCUCUGUUUUAUUCUAGAUUUUCUUUCCGUUUAAACAGAAGAUGUAAGAAAAUCCGUGCAACCCUACACAAAAGUGUAAAUUAUUUUUUGCUGCCCAAUUUAUUUUUGGUUUUUGUAUAUUUCAGGGUUGUUGCUUUUUUUAAAUGAUAUGCUUUAAAAUUUUUUUUUUUAAUUGGCUGGCAGAAAAGCAGCCUGUUGGCCCUUUUCAUAUCGUAGCCACAAAUGGGCUACGAAUAAGAUUGUAAGAAUAAUGUUAAUGAUGUUUUUUUUUUGUAAAUGGUUUUAAAUGUUAUUUUUAUAUGCACAAGUUGUUUGUUGCUUCAUUCGAUCACCACAUCUAUUCUACAUUGUUUGACUUGCAACAAUUCCCAUAGCCAGGUCCAUGCAACGCAGGUCCCAUUUUUGUCUCUUACCUCUCAUUCAGCGUCGCUGCGUUUUAUUUAUCUUUUCUUGGCCUUUAGGUUUAGCCGCCAAGCAGUAUGCACACUGUCCUCGAUUUCAGAAUGAGCCCACCUGUGCCUUUACGAGACAGCCUUCUCCCCCGUCACCAUCCACCUAUCGUCAUUUAUUUGCUGCUGAAGCCCGUUUCGUUUCUUCACCCCCCCAACCCACCUUUCCAACCCUACUGUCUAACUCACCUUGUUGUCACCCUAAAAACCACACACACACACACACAAUGUAUGUUGCAGAAAUCAAUCAGUAAAAUGAACAUUACAACAAGA